UUUUCAAAAUCAUUAUGACGCCAAUUUCUUCAUUCAAACGGUCAUAUCUACAUAUUUAAACGUUUGCUAAUCAUCACAUCAAUUCAUUUCAAAAUGAUAACACGUUUCCUUUUCAUUGUCCUUCAUGUAACUAUUUCCGUUCAAGCUGAAGGCCCGCAAUGCAACGGAACGCUCACUUUUGACAAACCUCAAAACGGAGCCACGAUAUAUCCGGAAGACUUCUCAGAUUCCAAUCCACCACUGUUCCCGGAUAAUUGCGCUUGUGAAUAUCAGGUCAAUGUACCUGAAAACUGGUACGCAUCGGUAAAACUUUUUGUGAAACCGGGAGUCACUGAACAGAUUGCUCCGGUGGAGGUUUGGGAUCAAUUGCAAAAACGGGAACAAGUUUUCUCCUCCUACAAUGAACUUUUCUAUUUUAUUUCCAACGGGGGCCACAUAACAUUGUCAACUAAAACUGCAAAAGUUCAUUUUGGAUUUGUUGUCAAUUGGUACCAAUACAAUUUCGAGCCAACAAAAAAUGUGACAGUUUGCCAGCCGGAUGCUCACCCGCAACUUCUCAAAAAUGACAAAGACGUAAAGUAUCUUGUCACUGCUUACACCCGAGCUUCUGUCACAAUUACACCACCAAGCAACACAACUGGAUUGCAAUAUUUGCGUGGAGUUUUUGUCUUUGAUGGUGUUGAUGGAAACCUGACAUAUUUGGGGACUGGCCGACAGCUUUUGGACUUAAAUACUCAAUUCGUAUCAUCUACCAAAUAUCUGACAGUUCUAUGUUUUGGAGAUACCACUUUUUAUCCGAGAGGUCGGAUUGUGGUUCAAGAUUAUGAAAACACUAAAAAUAUUGCAAGCUUUCAAAGCAUCAGCUGCCAAAUAAUGGAAGAUUGUGAUAAAAUCUCAUUGAAUGGAACCAAUGAAGUUUCAGCACUACAAAUUUUUUCUGGAUAUCAAAAGAAUCCCUACAUUUUGACAGGUCUCAACAGUUCCGGGAGAAUUGACAUUUACAAUGGAGGAUUCACAAAGCAUAAGGCUAAUGUUCUGGGAACUUAUUUAGCCGGAAUCGGCGCUUCAAGCUUCCCACAACAACUCUUCGGCGAGCUUACCACAUUCGUAAUGUCGACUCCCGGAUUCGCUCAGUUCAGCUUUACCCGGAAAAACUCAACGUUCCAAUCAUCCAGCUUCCUUGGCAGAAGAGGUUUUAUUUCAGCAAAUGCGUAUGGAGUUUCCACCACGCAGCAAUCUAUCAACACUUAUAUAAAUGCUCCAAACAAUACGCAAUCUGCCAAUUUUAAAGUCACCGUAGUUUCAGCUGAUUUGGUUGAAAAUUCGACUUUGAAAAUGUGGGGAAUGAAGGAUGGGAAAUCAAUUUACAGUUUAAUAUUCUCUAGCUCAAACCUUCCAACCCUAAAUCUCGUUUCGGAAAUUUACGGCGAUGCUGUACACAUUGAAUUCAGCACCCAUGACUCAUACUCGGAAGGUUGUCUUCUGAAUUUUGCAAUCACUAAGGCAGCAACUGGAUCAUUUACUAUUUUGAUAUUUACUUUAAUUACCUUAAGUUUCUUGUUGAAAUGAAGUGAAUUCGAAAGUCAAAU